ACGUCAAAUUUUCCUCUUAAAGAGAAAAAUUCGUUAAAACUAUACCAAUUUUGGGAAAAUAUUAUUUAAGUUAAAGGUACUACUUUUUUUUUCCUUUUUGUGGUUAUGUCAACUGGUUAAAAACCUCAUUGAGGAAGAGGAGUAAGGAGAGAGAAUAUGUGUUCGAACCUCAGCCAUAUAAGUGAGGAGCAUUUUCGCGUGUCUGCUCUGUUUUCCUUUCUCCCUGCAGCCGAACAUCACCAGCCAUUGCCAGCGCCUUCAUCCGAAAAAUUGAAAUUUUCCCGGAUCUGCUGCCUUCUUCCUUCCCUGCCGCCGGCUGUUGCUGGGUAUAAGCUCCGGUUUUUCCUGUGGUUCCCGAAUUUCUCUCCAAUUUUCCCACCGGCUCUUCCCCAUACCGCCAGCUCCAGCCUUGCUUGUUGAGCAUUUCUGGAAAUUAGUGGGUUUGAUUGUUGUGUGAUGUUCGAGAGAAAAAGGGGAGAAUUCCGUGAAUUGGCCAUUUUUUGUCAAGGCCGGUUCUCCCAAAUUCCUGUCCAUUAGUUUGAGAAAUUGUAUAUCUGUAAUUGUGUAAUUGUGUAAUUGUGUAUACAUAGAUAUUAAUUGGGAACAUUGUGAUUAGGUCCUUGAUUGUCCUGUGGCCUUAGCACUGGGAUUAGGCCUUCUGUCCUGUGUAAUCAAGGUAAGUAAAUUAUGGUAAAACCC